UCGGGUUAUCGAUGAGCUACAUAAGUCGUCUCUCGAUGGACUGCAUGAAGAUGUUGUUGAACCUAUUGCCAAAUAGGAAGUGUACAGCAGAAUUAAAAAAUAUCGGUUACAAGGUUCAUGGCCAUCCUUUUUCCACCAACACAAGGCGUGUUCUCGCUGUUCUCCUUGAGAAAGGACUCUCUUACGAGCCCAUUACCGUCGAUUUGCAAACCGGUGAACAUAAAAGGGAUUCUUUCCUCUCUCUCAACCCAUUUGGUCAAGUCCCCGUUUUGGAAGAUGGAAAUGUUAAGCUGUGCGAAUCCCGAGCCAUCACACAAUACAUUGCAUAUGUUCAUAGUUCAAGAGGCACACAGCUUCUGAAUCUUCAAAGCCACGAGACAAUGGCGACAUUAACAAUGUGGAUGGAAAUCGAAGCUCAUCAGUUUGAUCCACCCGCAUCGAAACUCACAUGGGAACAAGUCAUUAAGCCUCUCUACGGUCUAGAGACUGAUCAGUCGGUCGUCAAAGAAAACGAGGCUAGUCUAGAGAAGGUUCUAAAUGUCUACGAGAAACGACUCGGAGAAUCUCGAUUCUUGGCUUGUAAUACCUUUUCUUUGGUUGAUCUUCAUCACUUACCCAAUAUACAAUACCUUUUGGGAACUUCAACGAAGAGAUUGUUCGAAAGUCGACCUAAAAUCCGUAAGUGGGUGGAUGAGAUUACGGGAAGAGAGGCUUGGAAGAUGGCCUGUGACCAGGACAAGUCUUGGUUUGGUAAGCAAAGGAAGUAAAUGCAAGCAGAAGAAAAAAUUUGUGUGUGAGGUGUUUGUGUGUUGAGUUUGCGUCUCUGUUUGUAAGCUUGUGUUGUUUGUUUUUCAUAUUAUAAGAUGCUUUUGUGUUUGGUUUACAUGUAGUUUGAUGAAUAUGAAUAAAGGAAAGAAAAAGUUAUAAUUUCAACAA